GGUUGUGCGCAUGCUCCAGGAGGCGGUGUCCGCGCGGGAGCCGGAGUCAUGGCAGCGGCCGAGUUGGCGCAGGUCCCGGAUGUGGACAUCGACGCCGACGGCACCUUCAAAUAUGUCCUCGUGCGCGUGUGCAGAACCGGCGGCGGCGGCGGCGGCAAGAAGGACAUCGUGAGGGGCUGGUCCUGGGCCGAGUAUCACGGUGAUAUAUUUGAUAAGGUGGUGGAUCAGCUUGAGAAAAAGGGAAUGAAGUGUGACUGCAAAGGAGGUGGUCGAAUACAGCACAACAGCCAAGACAAGACCAUCAAUGUCUAUGGCUAUUCUGUGGGCUUUGGUAGAGCGAAACAUGAAAUCACUACAGAGAAAUUGAAAGCCAAGUAUCCAGAUUACAGUAUUUCAUGGUCAAAUGAGGGUUACUAACAUUGCUGCAGUCUGACUGUAUGCAUAACACUGCACUCCGAGACAUCCUCUAUGUGAAGUGAGGGAUUGAUGGUGCAUCAGGAGCUGAAAUGCCUUUCAUUGGCCUCAAGUCUUAAACCCUUUCCUGGAAAUGUGCUGUGCGUCUUUCUCUGAGUAAUAAUGUAAUGCUGUAUUGUAAAUUAAAUUAUGUCUGGUCCUCCUUGUUCUGUUUAACUGUGGCAGAGCAUUUUGUAUUGAGCAUGAGGGUAUUGCUACACAUAAACAAUGAAGAGACUGUUUCCAUGAGAA